CUGAUGUGUUUCUGUUGUGUUGUUGGUGUUCGACAUUAUAUGGAUUCGUCAUUUUAACCUGUGAAGUGCUGUACUCAGAAUAAGUGAUCGGAUCCCUUCAAACCCAUAGGUCGGCCCCCCAAGUGGUACUGACGGUCCAGCAACGGGCCGCCCCUUCACCUCCAGACACACCCCCGGUCGCCGUCAACCUCUCUGGCCUCCCCAAACAUGGCACGGUCGCCCAUGUUACACCACCCCACCACCCCCUGCCGGGACCGCAUCACCGGCCCUCAGCCUGUCGACGGCGAGAAGAAGCGGCAAGUGGAGUUCGAGAGAGUUCACACGCUACAGCUGAUGUUGGAGAAGGAGCAGAGGUUCGUAGAGUGUCUGCGGAGCGAAUUGGCCAAAAGCAACGACGUCAAGAAACAAGAGCAGCUCGUAGGAGCUGAGCGAAGAGUGCAGACCCUGCAGCAGCAGCUGCUAAAUCUGUCCUCGCACUACGAGCAAGAGCCUCUGCCUACUCGACAUGUGGACCCCGACACUCCCCCACCUUUACCUAGUCGUAACCCGCCUCAACCCUCACCGUCUCCUCAGACCCCACCACCACUCCCACCCCGCCAGUAUCUCCUCGCUCACUCAGAGUCUGUCCCGGUGCCCGCCAACACUAACUCACCCAGCCCCAGUGGUCAUCAUCGCACCAAAUCUAACCCAGACACUAUGUCGGCUCACAAUCUAUCACUAGCUGAGGGAUUGGAUGUGGAUUUCAACUCCAAACCAGUUGAGAAUGAGAGUCCAUCAAAGCGGCUGAUUGCAUCAGAAUCGAUGUCUGAGUUGCGGAAAGCUAGAGGUGGAGUGGCGUGGGAUGUGGACUCACCCCGUGUGACACCCCCCGGCACUCCUCCUCCUCCAUAUGGAGGUGGUACCACUUCGGCGGUCGAAGAUUUGGUGGACCAGCCACUCGAUGAGAAUGAUACUACACGCGGCGAGCCACCUCCAGGAGAGAUACCCCCUAACCCUGGACUCCCAGGAAGUCCUCAGCCUCCGAUAAUCUCAAUGGAGGAUGAUGAAAUGUCUGAUCAGGAAAUGAGCCAGCAAGAAGACCAUGGGCCCUUCAAGAGCCUGUCUCGCUUGUGGAACCACCACGCCCACCUCGCUGUCUUCAUGAACUACGUCAUCUCCAACAGUGAACCCUCCAGUCUGUUGUUUUACUUGGUAACAGACCUCUACAAGGUAGGGAAUGCGAAGGAAAUGAAGAAGUGGGCUUAUGAAAUACAUUCAAGCUUCCUCGUACCUGGUGCACCUCUACGUCUUACCAAUGUAGAUGAAAACAUUGCCAGGGAAGUUGACGAUGUCUUGCUUAAUGAGUCCGGCAAAGAAGAGAUUCUUAGGAAGGUAUUCUGGAAAGCGAGGGUACGAGCGAAGGAGGACCUGACAGAACAACUAGCAGACUUCCAGCAGAAGCGUACAGCAGGCCUGGGCACGUUGUUCGGGCCCCCAGACACUGUCCUGGAUGAGAGUAUUCAUGACAAAGGCAAGGAGAUCAAAAUUGUGGAGAGCAUCUUAUUGCCCAAGCUGGAGCCUUUUAUGGAGGAGCUGGAGAAGGAUGUGGUGGAUGAUCGCAAAUUCACUACAGGAGCAGCUCUAGGUACUGUCAUGGGCAAGGUGUUUGGGGUCCGAAGUCAAGCCUUCACCACAAUGCUAGACCGUUGUCCCACAUAUGUCUCCAAAGACAAAAGUCUCAAGGCUAAGCUCCUUACCGGCAAAACACGAAAGGUAACUGCGCGAGGCCACCACUUCUUAGCACAUCAGUAUUACACCGUGACGUACUGCAACCACUGCCAGCUGAUUAUCUGGGGCAUCGGUCCUCAGGGUUACCAGUGCUCUGAUUGUGGGUUGAACAUACACCGAUCAUGUGUGAGAAGCCUAGAUGAGAACUGCCCUGGCCCUAUGGUUAAGAAAGAUAAAGGCAAUGAUCGUAUCAGCAAGUUGAUGGAGAGAAUAAUGCCAGAGAACACCCGACGGAAGCCAAGCUCCCUCAACCUGGCCCACGCUGAGCGAGUUCGAAGACAACAAGAGGAGGCAGAGUUCACCGAUCCUGAAUCUGGGGUGACGAAGUGUAGCAAGGUGCCGCUGAGCGCCGCCUGUUUCCCCCCCAAACACGGGUUUAGGAUACCCUCCACCCCCACGUACCGUGUGCUGGAGGAGGCUGUAAGUCUGUCCGAUGAUGAGUCUUUAACAUCACUCGGUGACCGGCCCGUGAGCGGGGCCCGAGGGCAGGAUCGCCGCCCAGACCCGGUCAGCGAAGAGAGGGGAGGUUCAGCGGCCGGCGCCGCCCCCCACGACCCCGAAGACGACAGUACGCAGCAGGACCAGAGCCAGCAUGCGGCCAAGUCGAAGCCGUCCGCCACCUCCAUUAACCGGUCCGAGAGCUACAAGGAACGCAUCCACCAGAAGAAGAGACAACUUCGAGAACGGCGGAAAACAAGCGACCCAAAUCUCUCAAAAACUAACAAGGACCACAGGGAAGGAUGCAGGGGCAACAGCGCUGGCCGAGUACAAUAUGCGACCCUCGGAGAAAUUGACGUGGACUUGGAGGCACAGGCUCUCUCAUACAACUCCGGCAGUUCCUCCAACUCUAGCCUAUCCACAAGGAGCUUGGACUCACCAAGCAACUCGCUGGAAGCGGUGAGUGGACGGGGGGUUGGCGGAGGCGGAGAGGCUGUUACACCCCACAACGGCGGUGGGGCGGGCUGGGACAGUGACACGGAGGCGGAAGCUGAUCCCCCUGACUGGAAGAACACUGUCCCUGAGGAUAUUCUCAAGACCCUGUCGGCCCACGAAAUUAAGAGACAGGAAGUAAUCAACGAAUUAUUCCAGACAGAAAAGUCACACGUGAGAGGAUUGAAGGUCCUGGAUAGAGUGUUCUACAGGCCCAUGAAGGAGCAGCAGGUCCUGCCCCAGGAUCAGAUCUCGCUGUUGUUUGCCAACUUGGAGGAGAUGCUGGACAUCCACUCCCAGUUCAACAACAGUAUGAAGGCCAAACGGAAGGAGGGUGCUGUGGUCGGUGAAGUAGGAGACCUACUGUAUAGUAUGUUUGAAGGCUGUGAGGGUGAACACUUCCAGCAAGCUGCGGCAACUUUCUGUGCUCGGCAGCACAUUGCACUGGAAACUCUCAAAGAGAAGCGGCGGAAAGACCCCAAACUGAACAGUUUCCUGACGGACGCUGAGGGCAACCCUGUUUGCAGGAGGCUGCAACUCAAGGACAUCAUUCCUAGUGGCAUGUUGAGGUUAACCAAGUACCCUCUGCUACUGAAAAACCUGGACAAGUACACAGUCUGCGGCACUGAGGAGGCAAUGAGGAUACAGCGAGCAGAGGAGCGCAGCAGGGAGAUACUCAACUAUGUCAACAUGGCAGUGAAGGAGGCCGAGGACCAACAUCGACUGGCAGAUAUACAACGGCGGCUAGACAAAGCACCCUUUGACAAGGCGGACCAUCCUCUAGCCUCUGAGUUCAAGAACCUAGACCUAACGAGACAUCGACUGAUUUACGAAGGGCCUCUCAACUGGAGGAUAGCCAACCGGCCAAAGCUUAUCGACCUCCACGUCCUGCUAUUGGAAGAUGUUAUCAUCCUUUUGCAGAAACAGGACGACAAAUAUGUCCUCAAAUUCUACAGUUCAACAUUCAGUCCGGUCAUCAAGGUGUCGACGGUCAUAGUCAGGCCCAACGCUGUCGAUAAGAAGGCACUGUUUCUCGUGAACACAGCACAGAAUGGAGCACAGAUCUACGACCUUGUCGCAACGUCAUCGUCAGAAAAGAGGAUAUGGUUCAAACACAUAUCUGAUGCUGCUGAGGCGUACAAGACCAGGGAUGGAAAACACAGGCGACAGGACACAGCGGCACAUGAAGACACCCUUUCCCAUGACAAAACCAAAGAUUUGGAGGACUCGGCCACCAGCGGCAGUGACCUGUUAUCUCCGCCCAGAGCCAACGGAGCUGAGGACUCACCCACCACUCCCACCCCUCUACUGUCAGGGGAGAGCACACCCCACGCCUCCCCCUCCUCCACCACCCCCCUGCCUGACACUCCAGAGCCCAUCGUUAGGAAGAUGGGUGAGGGGCUGAGUCCCAGUCCAGUUCGCCGGGUUGCCGAGCCACUGCGUCAGACCACAGCCGAAAAUUCUCUCAUUGAGCCCACAGAAGUGCUUGUCUGCCAGAGCCCUGUUCUCACCGCCGAGCCAGUUCUCACACCUCUAGAGAAACUGAGGCGAACAGACGAGGUAAUCCGGGAAGCGCUGGAGGAAAAGAAGCGGUUGGUAGCAGAUAUCCUGCGUGUGCCACGUGAUGACUACGACAAACAUCGCAGAGUUGGCAGCUGAGCCUAGUGGGGACAAGGAAGCUGCUGAGAUCUUGCUAGCUGCCGUCACGCAAGCCAACAAGUUGUGGUCUGUGGUGAACGAAGCUUUAAGAGUGACUGAAGAGGAGGCAGUGAGUGCCAGUGCCAGUGCCGGGCCGGACGGUACACGGCACCGGUUUCCUGGCGUGCCGGCACAUCAGCUGCACCACAUCU